GGACGCUUCAUCACUAUCUCCUUUUGACAUCCAACGCUUCAAGGCCGUGUGCUUCUCAAUAGCCAUCAUUAUAUGUGCUCCAUUUAAGCUCGGCCAUGUGUUGAUGCACGAAUGCUGCCAACCAGCUCACAGAGCCAAAUUGUCCUGACACGACCCAUCAGGGUCAGCCUCGCUCGAUCUCCAAAACUAGGCGGCUGCACCAAUAUUCUGAACGACAACUCCAAGAAGUGAAGACACAAUCGAGCAUUCCUUGAACACAAACUAAAAGCCAUUACUUGAUCUAGGCUGGGAUCUCCAGAUUGCGCUGUUCUUGGGUGGCUGACCACCUAGCUACAGUCCAGCAAAGCGCGCUUCACAUGUGGCCAUCACGACCAGAGCGAGUAUUUUCUUACAAAGGCCUGUCAAAUCGUCCGUAUCUAUAAACAAAUAAGCAACUCGCUGCCUGGCAGCGACAUAGCAUCAUGGCGUCCAGCUACUGGGAGUCAACGCAACGGAAGUUCUGGACGUUCACAAAGCAGCAGCUGGCACUGGAGCGAAAGAAGAUGGAAGAGUCGGAGCGAAACUUGGUGAAUCUCUACCCCCUUCCAGACCGCAGGCAUCUCAGCAUCUACUUCUAUCACCAACUCUCCAAGAUGGCAAGACCAUUGGGUAUUCGGCAGCAAGCUCUGGCCACGGCUCAGGUCUACGUGCGACGCUUCUAUGCAAAGGUCGAGAUUCGAAGGACGAAUCCGGCCCUUGUACUGGCCACUGCGCUCUAUCUGUCAUGCAAAAUGGAAGAGUGUCCGCAGCACAUUAGGAUGGUGCUAGCAGAGGCUCGCCAUUGCUGGGACACGUCUUUCAACGACAUCUCAAAGAUCGGAGAGUGCGAAUUUACACUCAUAUCCGAGAUGAAUUCGCAGCUCAUCAUCCACCACCCAUAUCGGAGCCUCGCAGAGUUGCAGACGCAGUUUCAACUGACCCAGGAAGAGAACGCGCUCGCAUGGUCCAUCAUCAACGACCACUACCUCACCGAUCUGCCACUUCUCCAUGCUCCACACGUAAUUGCCAUUACGGCGAUAUUUCUUGCCGUCGUUCUUAAGCCGACGCAAGGCGGCCUCCAAGCGCACGCAGCAGGCAUGGCCAACGCACUCCAAACGUUGGGCAAUGCUCGAAACGCAGGGGGGACGCAGAACCGAGUGCAGAAGCUGGUGGACUGGCUUGCAGAGAGCAGUGUCGACAUCGAUGCAGUGGUAGAGUGCACGCAGGAGCUGAUAUCGCUUUACGAGGUCUGGGAGUCUUAUACGGAUAAGACAUGCAAGGAUCAGAUUGCGAAAUUCGUCAAAGCAAGAGGACUCGACAAGUGACAGGACUGUGUGGAUGAAGUAUUUCUUGUGGUUCGGGCUGUUCUUGGGGCGUUGGGACGACAUUGGCUAUGAUACCAUCGGGAUGAAUAUUACAGAUUGUACUCGAUGCUUGCUAGUCCAGAUAGGACUGUUGACAAAACGCUCACAGAGUGUCGAACAUGGCUAAAUCAUUCCUCGCUAUAGCGCUGACACGCGCCACAGGCCACAGAGAGAGGCCUCCCAGCA